UGCGGCAGGAAAAGCGCAGGGAAGACGCCACGGAGAGAGGGGGAGAGAGAUAGGAGAAGGGAGGAAAACCGUAAGAGAUAGAAAAAGGAGCAACAACAUGGAGGAAACGGCGUCUUCAGUAAGAGAAUGAGGCCGUCCUCUGGUGUCAGACUCCAGCUGUCCUCCUCCGCCGCUCAGCUGCUCCGUUAUGUCGGAUAAACAUGUCAGGGAAUGGAGGAAACCUUCAGGAAUCCUGCUGCUAAAACUGCGCUGUGCUGUUACGGUUUAAGGAUACCACCGACACAGUAAGAGCCGAAAACUAAACAUGGUGCUCAUGUGAGCCAGAGGGAGCCUUUUUCCUAACCCAACUGCUCUCCCGUCAACCAGGCCACGCUCAAAGUUUUUCUUUUUUUUCUGGAGAAGGGGAAAUUUUGCUGCAUUGAAUUCCUCUGGACGGGAUGUCAUCCGCAGUCAGGAGGAGUUCCUCGGGCUGACUGAUCCUUCAGCUGCACUCAACUGAAGAGAGACAGAGGGAGAGGGGGAGAAGAUGGGAGAUGCUGCAGAUGACAGACGGACCUUCAUCGUCCCUGCCAUCAAGAGCUUCGAUCACUAUGAUUUCACCAGGGCCAAGAUAUCCUGCAGCCUGACGUGGCUCGUGGCCAAGGCUUUCGGCUCGGAUGCUGUACCAGAGGAGCUGGUGGAGCCUUUUUACAAGGAUCAGUACAACCAGGAGCACUUGAAGCCUCCUGUGGCGUGCCUGCUCCAGUCUGCAGAGCUUUACUGUCGGGCCGGGAGCCUGAUCCUACGCAGUGAUGCCGUCAAACCUUUACUGGGACACAAUGCGGUCAUCCAGGCCCUGGCCCAGAAAGGCCUGUAUGUCACAGACCAGGAUCGACUGGUUACUGAGAGAGACCUGACCAGCACACCCAUACACAUGAGUUCCCACCUGGCGCUCAUAGACACCCUGAUGAUGGCGUAUACUGUGGAGAUGGUGAGUGUGGAGAGGGUGAUGUCCUGCAUCAACAGGUACUCCUCUACUGAUCCCUCACACCGCGACAGACACGUCCAGGAGCUGCCGUAUGACACUGAGGAUGCAAUCACAACCUGGAUCAACAAGGUGAAUGAACACCUGAAGGACAUCCUUGUGGAGGAGCAAAAGCUGAGAGAGGCUUCUCACCAGGAGUCAAACUCAACACACAAAGCUCGCUACAGGAAGGAGCACGCUCAGCAGAGGAACUCUCCGUCGCUCCCUCUGGUGGAGAACCUGCUGAAGGACAACACAGACGGUUGUGCCCUGACCACGUUGCUGCACUUCUACUGUCCUCAGUCCAUCAGACUGGAAGAUAUCUGCCUCAAAGACACCAUGUCUUUGGCUGACAGUCUGUACAACCUGCAGCUGGUGCAGGAGUUCUGCAGGAACAACCUGAACCACUGCUGCCACUUCAGCCUGGAGGACAUGCUCUACGCACAUGCAUCCAUAAAGAGUAACUACCUAGUGUUUAUGGCUGAGCUUUUCUGGUGGUUUGAAGUGGUGAAACCCUCAUUUGUCCAGCCAAGGGUCUUUGAUCCAAACGCCUGUGAGCCUGUAUUAUCCUGCAGAAAUAUGGCCCCAGUGUCCAGCCCAGUGAAACAGAGCUAUACAGACAGAGCAGAAGACAUCCCUGCAGAGGGUGUGAUGAAGAGGUCUACCUCCAUGUCCUAUGUGGAUGGCUGUGUUGGGACGUGGCCCAAAGAAAAACGCUCUUCAACUCGGGGAAUCUCCUUUGAGAUCCCCCUGGAUGGAGACCCCACUUUGCCAUCCUGUGAGGCUCCCUCUCUCUGCGGUAUGACCCGCUCUGCCAGCAGUGAUGGUCUUGGGUUUAAAGUUCACUUUGCAUCUCGGGGGGGUAUGAAGCGCCACAUGUCACUCACACCUGUCAGUGUGAACGGCCAGGGUAAACAUAUACCAGAGGAGGAUGAGGACUUCAUCACCCACAAACCUCUGGGGCGAAACCACACUUUUUCAAUCAAGAACCAAAGCAGGUACCCCAACGGGAUCCUCCCUGACAGCAGCCACAACUCCAGCAAUCACCAUGGCAACUACAGUGGCCACAUCAGUCCAUCCACUCCUCCAAGCAUGGAGGAGGCACUGAAGAUUAUCCACGACACCGAAAGGCCUCACGCUAGCCUGGGCGUGGGUGACGGAGACAACGGCUUCUUUCUCCAUGGUGCUGAUCCCUCAGACCCUCCAGGGGCCCAAGGUCCAGGAGACGAUGCAGGGUCAGCUAAAGCUCGUCUCAAUGACCAUGACCCCAACUCUGUGUCCACGGAUGAAGUGGACACAGGCAUCCACGUGAGGACGGAGGACAUCCAGAGCUUGGAUGAGGACUCCUCCUCUCUCAGAGACUAUUCAGACAUGGACCCAGACUGCGAGGCCAUGACAAGGUCAUGCCCUCUGCCUGACCACCAGGAGAGAGAGAGGAGCAGGGAGGGAGGGGGGAAAGGACCCCGGGAUGCUGACCCUGAGGUCGAGAGGAGGGGGGACGGAGGGGAAAGGAGCAGUCCUUGUCCCAGUUCAGCACCCACACUCCCUAGAUCUCACACAGCCAGCCCGGCCUCAUCCUCCGGAGGCUCUGGAGGCGGGAUGGUCCGAAUGACGAGCUUUGCAGAGCAGAAGUUCAGGAAGCUGGAGGGACGGAGCAGCGGAGGAACCACGCCUGAGAGUUCAGAUCUCAAUGUACCCUAUGCACAACAGACAAGGAACAUUCCACCUCAGAUCUCUACGCCUCCUCUGCCAAUCACAUCACCCUCUCCAGUCACACCUUCACCCAGAGACCCCUCCCACUUGAUAGCCUCAGAGAUGAUUCAGCUGAGGAUGAAGUUAGAAGAGAAACGGAGAGCCAUCGAAGCCCAGAAAAAGAAGGUUGAAGCAGCUUUUACACGCCAUCGUCAAAAGAUGGGCAGAACAGCCUUUCUGAAUGUAGUCAGGAGAAAAGGAGUCACUGCGCCUCCAAGUCCCAGUUCGGGGGGAGGAGAAACACCUUCUCCUGAGCCGCAGGCUUCCUCAAAAGAGGUAAAAAGUCAGGGCAGCAUUGAGCGCGCAGAGAGGUGCAAACCAGACGGAGCAGCUCCUAAAUCUCCCUGUGAGGAUGGUGGAGGUGUGACUCCAGAAGUCGACCUUGCAGAUUACACACGCUCCAUUGAGAGGCUGAACACGUCGUUGAGUUUCCUGCAGACGGAGAUGCAGCGUUUGGCUCAGCAGCAGGAGAAGAUCAUGGCCAUGAGAGAGCAACAGCAACAAGCCUGGGUCAUUCCUCCGCCAGCUCCCUCUCCACACAGGCAGCUGCGUGAGUUGCGUAGCAGCAGUGUAACAGGCCGAGGGUCAGGACGAGGCUCCGUUGGGUCUUUAUCUCCCAUACUGUCCUCCUCCGGUUCUCCGCACGCUCCAAAUCGUUCACCUGCUGGUAUUAAGCGACGGCCAGCCUCCUUCCACGCCAGGACACCUCGCACUCCCCGACCAAACGAUCUGAAGGUCACACCCUUCAGUCGGAUGCUCAACACCCCCACCUCAGUGGACAGCCUGCCCAGACUGAGGCGCUUCACUUCCAGCCAAUCGCAGCUCAGCUCAUUUUCCUACCUGGGCCACGAUGAUUCAUCAGGGGAGAGCAACAACCAAGAGAGCAAAGACGACAAAGAAAACACUGAAGACAAAGACGAGACAGAGGCAAGGACGAGUGCUGGCACUCAUCAACCGUCAGAAGCUGCCAAAGAGAAAGAGAGUGAGAAACAGGAGGAAAGAAAACAGACAGAGCAGGCUCAGUCACAGGAAGAGGUCAAACAAUCAAAAUCAUCAGAGGUUUUGUGUCAGCCGGUCUCUGACAUUAAAGCGCCAACAGGUAGCCAGGUCAAGGGAGACUCCCAGGACAGGAGAGACCUGGUGGAGGUGCCUCUAUCUGGACUGAACGCUCAGGAGAUGACAGAGGAAGGAGACGCAGGAAGAGAUGCUUUCAGAGAGGACCAGAAGAUGUGCUGUGGAUUCUUCUUCAAGGAUGAUGUUAAAGGGGAGGAGGACAUGGCAGCAAAGAAGGCUGCUCUCUUGGAGAAAAGACUGCGGAGGGAGAAGGAGACGCAGGAGAGGAAGCAACAACAGGAGCUAGACCAGGAGCAGAAGAAGGAAGCUGCACGGUUGAAAGCUGAAGAGGAGCAGCAGAAGAAGGAUGAUGAGAAGGCGAGGAGAGAUUACAUCAGGAAUGAGUAUCUGAGGAAGAAGCAACUGAAGCUGAUGGUGGACAUGGACGAGGUCAUAAAGCCCCGAUCUGGAAGUCUCAAGAAGAAACCUCGGCCAAAAUCCAUCCACAGGGACGUCAUGGAGUCGUCUACUCCUCCUGUGAGAGCGGCAGGAGUGCGCCCUCGAGGAUUCUCAGUAUCCAGUGUUUCUUUGGCGUCUCUCAAUCUGGCAGACAAUGACAAAGACCAGCCAAAUAACAAGAAAAACAACAGGCCAGACUCGGCUGAAGGUUUCUCCUCGUGUCCUUCGACUGGUAGUCGUAACGGAGAGAAGGAUUGGGAAAAUGAGUCCACCACCUCGUCCACUCCCUCCAACGCUGAGUACACAGGACCUAAACUUUACAAAGAACCAAGUGCAAAGUCCAACAAGCAUAUCAUCCAGAACGCCCUGGCUCACUGCUGCCUAGCUGGCAAGGUCAACGAAGGACAGAAGAACAAGAUACUUGAUGAAAUGGAGAAAUCUGAAGCCAAUAACUUCCUGGUGUUGUUCCGGGAUGCAGGAUGCCAGUUCAGGUCUGUGUACACGUACUGCCCCGAGACCGAGGAGAUCACCAAACUGGCUGGCAUCGGGCCGAGGAGCAUCACAACAAAAAUGAUCGAGGGCCUGUACAAAUACAACUCUGACAGGAAGCAGUUCAGUCUGAUCCCAGCCAAAACCAUGUCCGCCAGCGUGGACGCCAUUACCAUCGCCAGUCAUCUGUGGCAAACAAAGAAACAGGGGACACCCAAAAAACUGCAUCCAAAGUAGACCUGGACAGAAGAAUCGAACUGUGUCAUUGAAAGUCCCCCUGUAAGAAAUCACAACUGGAAUGUAGAAACACAAACAGGCCUCACAGAUGCUGUUGCACAUAGAGGAGACUGUUGCACUCUGGACUACUUCAAUGGGGCACAUAGUGUACGUGUCAGCAUGUGUAUCAAUGUUCUCAUGUGCCAAAUGAAGAAAACAAAAGGCGGAGCGAUGCCUUACAUAGUUGAACCACUGAAGCAGUGAAUGUCACGCCUCUGACAGAGGCAGUUUGGUUUCUCUAAGUUGAUCAUGUGUGGCCUUAAUGCUUGUUUUGUGUCAUAUGGAUGCCAUGUGAGUGUUGGUGUCAUCACCUGUUUAUUGAGUCGGUUGAGGCUGUGUGUAACUGAGGGUCUCAGAUCAGAUAAUGCCCCCCUUCUAAAGACCAGGUUGUCUGAUCUGUGAUCAGGUGGAGGCAGCAUUUUUGAUGCGAGUUUUGCUGCUAUUCAGGCAUGUUUUCUGUUUUUUACAUGUGACUGAAAAGCUUCUUAAAGUUUAACUCUGUGUAAGUGUGUAGUGAAGUGCCAAUAAGACUGAGGAUGAACCUCAGAUGGUGAUUGCAACUACUUUCCAAAAGGAGGGUUGAUUUUGUUGAGUAUGUGGAGCGCCACCUGCAAUAGACUCUUAAUUUAUUUCAUUUUGAUAAAGCUCUGGAGAUAUUUUAAAAGUCAUCUAGAUUUUACUCAGAGAAACAGAACACUACAGGUAUAUAAGUUAAAUUAGUUUGUAUAUGAUGGAAGAACCAUUCAAAAUGAACAAGUCAGCUUGUAGUAGCUUUUUGAGUAGCUUUUAUAAUUUAUCAUGCGUGCGUGUGUUGGUGGGGUUGUCCUUUGGGGCCUUUUAUUGUGCUAAAACAUGCAAAGAGUCAGAGCACUCAAACGCGUCACUGACAAGACUAUUAUCAGUAGUAGAAUAGAUGGAAAUCCAACACUUUGUCAUCUGUCUGUGCUAUUUAAAAACACCAUUGACCAUUGUCUUAACUAUCCUCUCAAAGUCGUCCACAAUUGUAAAUAAAUGAGUUCACAGAUGAUCGCACUUCAGGACCCUGUUCACUGUUUCCACUUUAUGAUGGUCCACGUGUUAUUUUUCUCCAACAUUUCUGUUACAUAUUUCAUCAUGUGUUCUUUCAGUAUGUGUUCAACACUGUACAGAUAUAUUUUGACAUAUAGAAGUAUUUUUUGUAAUGACAUUUACUCGUUGGAGGUGUGUACUAAUGACGCAGUGUGGCUGUUGAAGGAAGUGUGCUGAGAGCAAAUUGUCAGCAAUGAUGCAAGGUAUGUUAGGUCUUUUUGAGGCUUUGUUGUGGUAUUGUAUGAAAUCCAUUAAGCAUACUGAGAAGAGCAUAGUAUUUUUUCCAACUCAGAAUUCAUUUUUUAUUUUCAAUUUACUAAACAGGCUCAACUGUUCAUGUUUUCUGUUGUUUUUCUAUUCAUUUGAGCUUUAUUAAAAUGCCAGCUAUCAACAGUA